AUGCACUUCAAGUCCCGCGCAGCUUGGUCCCUCCUGGUCUCUUUGAUCAGUCUUGGGACCGUUUCCAACGCUGCCGAUUCCGGUGUCCUCGAGGUCGACCUCCUUUUCCCGCGCAAUGAGACAUAUGCGCCCACCGAAUGGAUGCCAUUCGUCUUUGCCGUCCAAAACACCAAGCUCGCAAAGUAUCUCGUUCCCAAAAUCAACUACGAAGGAUGGAACGUGUCUGUAGGAGCCAAUAACUCCAACGGAGCCGGCUUUUCAUAUAGCCACGACAACCUGCAAUGGGCAAACUGGUCCAGCGAGGACCCGUAUUUUGUCCAUCACUUCCACGCCGACCUCCCCGAGGGGAUCUGGCGACUUGACUGGGAAUUCUGGUAUUCUUCGUGCAACGAGGACUGGACGGACUUCACGAGUGUUGGCGACCCCGUCAAUCGCAACAGAACAUUACACAGCGUCACAUUCACCAUCAAAGAGGGCGGGCAGGUGGUAGAUGUCGUUGCUGCCACGGCCGACGACAAAACAUGUUCCAAGGAGAACGCUGCUGCCGUCAACGUUACUGGCAAAACACAGGGUGUACCCUCUAGGCUUGAUAUGCCCGAUAAUACCUGCGCAGUGGUGGGAUCUCCUCAACCAACUCCCACCCCUUGCCAGGUCAAGGUGGACUCGGCCGUUGCCGCCAGCAUGACGGCUUCAUUGAGGGCCGAAUUGUGCAACCGCACCGCAGACCGCCCAGACGACUGUCCGAAGGACAAUGCCGCUCAGGGAUUGGCUGUUGCAGGUUUGGCCUGCUUAGCAGCUGGAGUGGGAAUGUUGGGAUUCUUGGCUUGA